AUGAUCCCCACCGCCCAGGACCGCGCCCCCAAGAACGGCCAGGAGCCAGUCAUCGUUGGAUCUGGAGGAGCAGUCUCACACGACUCGGCGACGGCGAACGCGACCAACACCCUUCCCGCAACUGAGACUGGUGGCCGCAUGGCGCACUCGAACCAGCAGGUUGAGGAGGGAAUGCAGCCGAAGCAGACCAAGGACCAGGCUCCUUCGUCGGGAGUCGUUGGCGGCGGUGAGGGUGCUGGACGCAACCACUAG